UAGUUUUAUUUCUAUUUGUGAGUUUAUUCAACUUUUUACAUUACUGAUUACGAUUACAUUUACUAGGUUGUUUGAUUCCGUGUUAUACCUACCAACUACCGAUCGUAAAUUGUAAUUUUUAUCAUGUUUUGACAAUAAACAGUUAGUUACAGAGUAGGUACCAUCCCACUGUACGAUUUCGUGAUCUGUUUUUGCUUUGCUAAUGAUUAAUGAUAAGUGAUAACAUUAUCAUCACACAGUGAACAUCGUCAUUAGCAAGAUAAAUUGAAGAAUAGAAUUCGUAAACUAAUUUUAGCAACUUAAAAGAAUAUUUCCAAAAACUUUCUAUAAAAAUGUCGUUAUCUAAGCCCAUAAUGAAUCUAGUGGCGUCGUACUUACAGAACUUGUAUUUGCAUCCUAUCAGGACUAAAGCUAUAACGAGCUGUGUAGUUGGUUCUGCAGGCAGCAUAGCCUCACAGCUAGUUUCUGGUGAUACUGUAAGACUUGAUCCAGUUUUGGCCUUUGGCUUGUAUGGGUUAAUAUUCGGUGGCACUGUACCACAUUACUUCUACGAGUUCAUAGAAAGAGUGUUCCCACGAGAGACAUCAGCAUUCCCCUUGGCCAAGAAGCUGUUAUUUGAAAGACUGAUAUUCGCCCCGUUCAUGCAAGCGUUCUCUCUGUACACACUAGCUAGACUUGAGGGCAAGAAUCAUAAGGCUGCGUUGAAGCAGUUGACUGCAUUGUACUUCACAGUGUUGGAAGCCAAUUGGAAGUGGCUGACGUUGUUCCAGAUUAUCAAUAUGGCAUUUAUUCCACCCAUGCUUCGAGUAUUAUUCAUGAAUCUCGUUGGCUUCGGCUGGGCGAUGUUUGUGGCUUCAAAGAGGAGACAACAGAGUAAAAGAAAGGACUAAAUAACAGAUUAAAAAGGAUAAAGUGGGCUAUUGAUUUAUUACAUAAGAAUAUCUAAAGAAUUUGAAUUUAUUGGCUAUUUCACAUCAAGUGUUAAAUCCUAACUUAAUAAAUCUAAUGUAAUAAGUGAACAGCCCUGAGCAAUAGCCUAUAUUGAGUAUACUCAAAUCAUAAAACUAUAAAUCAGAAGUGGUGCCAUCCUUUUUUGCAAGAAAUAAAUAAAUACAGAAGAGCAUGGCACUACUUUUAGAUCUUUAGUAUUUGUGUAAUUAGCUUGUGAUGAUGGUGGUGGAUGUAAAAAUAUUUUUUAUACUUACCUGGGAGACAUAUUUUUAUACCUAGUUAUUUUGUCGUUUUUAUCUGAAUUUGUGAUAUAAGAUGACUUUGAAUUUGUUUAUCUCUAAUGAUAAAACUUAUGGGCAUUUAAACAUUACAUGUAAUUAUUUUUUAUAUAUUUUUAAGCAUCUAUGACAUUGUUACAUCAAAAAAUCCAAGGCACAAAAUUUGUUUUUAGAUAUUCUACUUUAAAUUUAAGAAUAUCUAAAAAGGAACUCUGUGUGGCUUAAAUCCUUUAUACAUAACAAUGGUCUUUACUAGAGAACAAUAUAUUGAUAGUAUUAUUUAGUUCAAUUCGUCUCAAAUAGUAAACUUUAUAUUCAUCCUAAAUAUACUGAAGCACAUUCUAAGGAAAUCAUGCUGGAUUUUAUUCUUGUCGACAUAGUUUUGUUUUGUGAAAACAUAUUGUGAUUGAUCCAAGUUAAAAUAUAAAAAUGUGUGAUAUAUUUUGGAAAUAUUUACAUUCCUCUAUGGCCAUAAGUGCAAUUAAAUAAAUAAUAUAGGGAAAAAAGGUGCAAUAAAAGUGUUUUAUAAAUAUUAGGUACUUUAUUUGACAACAGCAAAAAUCUAAUAUUUCUGAAUAUUCGCCGUCGCGUCGUCGAUAUCGAAUCGACUAUCAAAUGCUGUAUAAAGCCUCAUUAACAUGUCGAGAGUUUUUCGUGUCAAAAAUGUUAUGAAAAAGUAACUAUAAAUAUUAUAAUGUUGCAAGUAGAAUUAUCUCAAUUAGUGGGAAAACGACAAUCGUCUUUUUUGUCAUUAACAGUGCGCUCACAACAAAUACAUCAGACCGUUCCCUAUAACUUGCCCCUGACGUCAUGUUGGCACCAUUGCAAAUCACACAAUAAUAAACCCUAAAUUCUAAGGAAUGAAUUCAAACAAUGCAAUGGUGCCAACAUGAGUUCAGUUUGGUUUGCGCACACUUUGCCAUAGUAAUAAUUACUACUAGUUACAUAAUUACUAGGUAGUUCGUACCUUGUAACCCAACGGGCAUAAACUCUUUUCAUGUAAAUCAGGCUUUAGCGAUGAAAAACUUUGUUACUUACAUUAUUUAUAAUAAAUUAAUAUAUUUAAUGAUCAUUA